AUGUAUUCUCCUUUAUCUGCAGUUCUCAUAUCACAAAUCACUCAAGUUCUUGAAGGAAAAAAGACAAAACAUUUUAAAGAUAUCCAAAUUCCUGAUGAUUACAAGGUUGGUAUGUUUCAUGUCCUGAACGUCAAUCAGCUAUUGUACUAGCGAGACGUAAGGUAGUCACUAGCUUAGUAAUGGACGCCGUAAAUAAAGCUAAGUUUUGAGGUGAAGUUUUUUAGGGCAUGCGCUGAUUUGUUCUCCGUAUUUGGAAAGUAGACAACCAGAACCGACUUUUCGUGUAUCGUGACUGACAACAGGCAACCCAAGUUAGGAGUCUGGGACUCUAGGGACGAAGUUGUCAACAUAUGUACACUGUUAAUUAAAAAGAGUCCAAAUGACGCAAAAUGAGUUGUUCUGGGGUCAAUUUUACCCCCUCCGUCGUUUUGAUUCUUUUGAAUUUACGGUGUAGUCAUGAGAAUAUAACUAGCAUGUAGGACGCAACGCGGCGGCUAAACCAAACUCGUUCAAAUAAAUAACUUUCGGUUAUCCGUUGUACAGUAUGUGUUAAUUAAGGCAGUUUUAGGAGGUUAAUGUCUCUCCAUCUCCCAAUCUUAUCAGCUGAAGGCUUUCGGCUUCUGAGUUCUGAUGACAUCACGUCUCAAAACAUGGGUGCAUAGAAUUUGAUUUAUUUUUUCCCAGGUUUUGUCAAUCUCGGUAUUGUAUACAACAGACGAAGGAGAACAAAGUUUAGACUUUAUCUGUGAAGACAAGAAAGAAUAUGACAUAUGGCUCAUUGGAUUAAAAGUGAGUAGAUAUUGAGCAUUUUGAAGUUGAUGGAUUCAUGACAACCAAGUACAAUAAUUUUGAACAUGUUUUCUCUUCCUAUUCUGGUAAAUGAUUAUAAUCUCCGAAAAAUUACAUUCACGACCCAAUAUUUCCACUGCCCAGUUUGGUGUCUUCAGAGUUGAUCUAAAGUUGUACUGAGGCGUAAAAAAAAAAUACCUGUGGUUCCGGUUUCAUAUCGUGAAAAAAUUAGGGUCGGUAGGUCGAAAAUAAGUUUUGUUUUUGAAUAUUUUUUUCAUCGUUUUGGCAGUUUUUUGCUGGGCGAUUUGCAGUAGAGUCCCAACAUCAAUAUUAACUAGAGAUGCGUAUUUCCUAUGGACGAAUUUAGGCAAUUUGGUUCAAUAAUUAGUGUGACAACAGACGCCAUUUUGGCACGCUGUACGAGCAGCCCGCAACCACCUGGAGAAAAUAGGGUCGCACGGUCAAUCGCGUUGAAAAAAUAAUAGGGUCGGCAGAAGAAAAUAGGGUCGGUCUGGAACCGGAACCACAGGUAUUUUUUUUUUACGCCUGAUCCACAAGCGUACCUCAGAUUCAGUAUUUUGUGUGGUGAAGUAAUCCUGCGAGAUGAGAGACAGAGAGAUGAAACGACGAGACAGAGGAAACACUAAGUCAUGAAUGUAAUUUGUUUGUGGAUGACAUUUAUUCACUUAAACCAGAGUAGCGAAAUAUGUCUGAUCGUGAUCAUGUAUGCAUAUACUUCAAAAACUCAUUAAUAAUUCAUGAAUCAAUAAUCCAAUCUUGAGUAAGAAAUUAGUCACGUGCAUACGUCUUUAUACCAGCUAAAGAACACUUUAUUAUGCAAUAAUACAAAAGACGAUUGUUAUGCAAACUAUAUAAAGAUUUUUAUAUAAAGAUUUUUAUAUAAAGAUUUUUAUAUAAAGAUUUUUCAUAUCUGAAUUCUAUUACCUGAACGUAUCUAUUGUUUACAAUUAAUAUUCAGAUUUGACUUAUUAUGCCAACGUUUUUGAAGCCAUUUAAAAAACUCGCAGGUCGUGUUUUAUUAGGUCUAAAGCCACUAAAAUAAAACACUCCUGCUUGUUUUUUAAAUAGUACUUAAAGUACAGUACAGUACACAUGUGUCAUUAUAUAUCUUCGAUAAUUGAGGCUUUAGCGGUGAAUGGUAUCCAAGACAAAGAAUUUAUACAAGAACUAAUCACUGGUGAUGAAGAUCCAGACAGAUCAGUCAAGGGCAUUGUUUCAACGCUAGAAAGAAACGGUAGCAAGGUAUACUAUAUAAAUAUACAUACUAAGGCCUAAGCUAGAGAUUAAGUCACAUGGCCCGUUUACACUUGCAAUUUUUGCAGCGAUUUCUAGUGCGAUUUUCUUCUUCUGAUGCAUGUGAAAGAGUAGAUGAGUUAUGAAUGUUCUAAGUAUACAUACCCUCAUCUGAACAUUCAUAACUCAUUCACUCGUUCACAUGGGCGUACCGGAAGGAAAAAUUUAGGGGGGCGGAAAGAAAAUUGUCCGACUUUUGGGGAAUGUGCCCGACUAGUACCGAAAAUUUUUUCCGGAAAAAUUAUUUUGGCGACCUCCCCCCCCCCCCGUCGCCAAAAAAAUUUCGGUCAGUCAGUGUACCAUUUUAGGGGUCAAAAAAUUUUUCCGGACAACCAAAUUUUUUCGGAACAUAAGACAAAUUUUCCAAAAAACACAAAAUUACCACCAAAUUUAUUUUUUAUUUUUGACAAAAUUUACAGAAUUUGUCCCAUUUUUUAAAUUGCAAAUCAAAAUUGCCCGACUGUUGAUCGAAUAUUGCCCGACUACCCAACAAACUGGGGGGGGGCUACCGCCCCCCCCCCCGCCCGGUACGCCUAUGCUCGUUCACAUCCAUCAGAAGAAGAAAAUCGCACCUAAAAUCGCAGCAAAAAUUGCAAGUGUAAACGGACUAUGUAUUGAUGUAAUAAACGUAACCAAAGCAAAACUAAAUAAAAUUUCAACAACUACUACACUGAUCAUUGACUUGCACACAUCGCCCAGCAUUUGACGUUCAGAACCCGUUGGGAAAAACAAAAGUGUACGUGCAUAAUAUAUUAUUCGUAUUUUCAUAUUUGCCCCUUAAUCCAGUAUAGGUCAUCAGUUUCGACCUCGAUUUGUUUGUUUAUUUAAUAUACAGUAUAUUGCAGAAUAAAAAUGAGUCAACGUAUGACUGCAAAAAACACGAGUUUUUUUCUGCUUUUUGUACCCACGAUUUGUUGUUUACCCUGUAGAAGGAGACUGAUAACCGUACAGGCACAGGUACUGGAGGCACUUCAACAGUGCGUCAGAACGGUCAGUUUAUCAAUCUUAUGGAUAUUUAUUUUCGUCGUAGUUUAGUUUAGUUUAGUUUAGUUUAGUUUAGUUUAGUUUAGUUUAGUUUAGUUUAUAUACGAAGACAAUAACCGCUGAUACAAAUACACGCAAUUACCUUUUCUAGAUAAAUAAAUCUCAAAUCAUUAAUAAUAGAUCAAAAUUAAUUCACCUCACUUUAAGGAGUGAUUUAUUCGUAUGAGAUAUCACUUCAAAUCCUCCAAUUCGGACUGGAUUAGAUUUCAAGUCCUCGCAUUUUGAUCCAGUGCUCGGCUUCGCCUCGGACUUGACAAAAUUGCGCGGACUUGAAAUCUAAUCCAGUCCUCAUAGUCGGAUUUGAAAUAUUACGUAAAAUACAUGCGGGAAAGUGGCAGGGACACAGCUACAGUACUUGUAGGAGAGAGUUGUUCACAACUUCAUAUGGUGGUAUACCAGGCCUAGAAAAUAUAUUUCUCUUCCUGGCAGCAAAAUCCGAAAUUCCAAAAAUAAAAUUUCCGAUGUAAGCCAAAUAUAAAACCAGGCAACGUCCUGCAUACUCUAUGUAGUUUUCAGAGAAUGUAUGGUGCCGCACAUUGUGGUCAACUUCAAUCUAGGCACAAGACAAUCUCGACUUGCAAAAUGCCUUUUGAAUUUUCAAACAAUAAGUAAAUGUUUUUGACAUUCCAGUGUAUAAGAUAACAAAACACUCCUGCGAUGCUGGUGCUGCUGGACAGUUUCCAGCACUGCAGUAUACACCACAGCCCAAUUAAAAAGUACCUGUAUGAAGUUGAAAGUUUUAAACCAGAACAAAUACAUGAAUAUAUCGCCUUUGUAUCCGCACUGUAGGUCUAGCUAACUGGAAUGAAAAUGCCACACUGUAAAUCUCAAGGAGUCUAUCUCGGAGUCUAUAAUCAACUCCAAAUUCUGUCACUUAUUCUGUCACCGUUUUUGACGUUUCUGGUGAUCGAAUAUAACACUUUUGGAGUUGAUUCAAUUCCUUGAAAUUUAUAGUACAUGUCAUACUGAUAGCAGCCAACAUCUCAGGAAGAUGUGUUUGUCAAAUUAUAUAAUAUUAGUUAUAAGUAAAGUCGAUAGCUGAAAUUAAAUCAAUAACUGAUUUGACCAUGUCAUUUGUCAUGUGUUUUAUAUGAAUAAAUAACUAAUAGAAUGGAAUAGUUUUCCUAUGGUUAUGUUGAUAUUAAAUACCUAAAGUAAUUGUUUGCACUUCGUUAACAUUUUAGCUGAAUCAUGUGAUUUAUAUACAUGGGGUGAUGGCACGAGAAGCAAGCUUGGACAUGGAGAAGAGAUAGAAGAACACAGACCAAGGAUUGUUGAUGCUUUAUCUAGGUUAAAGAUUAAACUGGUAGCUUGUGGUGCUAAUCAUAUGUUGUGUGUUACGGGUAAGAACUAAUGCACUGACCUAUAUACUUAAAGAAAACAAUUCGCAGUUUCGCUAUAUCAUUGACAUCACAUUUUUGGUACAUGAUUACAAUCACAAAAUUAAUAGCCGACAUUUUACCUCUACGACUGAGGUUCGAGUCCUGCACUGUGUGUUUCUGGUUAUAAUUUAGUCUUUGUGAAGAUUGCUUCCAGUUCGGUCACCGCUGCAAAUAUUCCUUAGUCCUGAUACUCUGUUCCGUUAUAUGAACACAGGAUCAAUAUAAGCUGAAUAUAUUUCUCUGAAUACAUGAUUCAUAGCAAUAUGAUGGAUAGAGUAGUGUGUCUGCACGAACAUGACAAAGAAAAUAUAGUUGAUGACUUCGUGCAUGUGAUAAUUUGUCAAUAAUUCGUAUGUGUGUACAAGCAAAAUACAGACGGAUCGUUCUUCGAGAUUAACUAUCUGGUUAAUUCUUCUGGGGCCGGUUGUUCAAAGCACGAUUGGCGCUAACCCUGGGUUAAAAUUUAACCUGCUGUUUUAGUUUAUGCAUUUCUGCAUGUCUGUUUAUUUCAAAACUUCCAAGAAGAAAACUCCUACUGGUUCAGACAAGAUCUCUAAAGAAAUAUUUCCAAAAUUAUAAAGAAGAUGUUGGGAAGUUUGCUUUGAAUAUCACGUUAACCCAGGGUUAGGUUAACCCAGCUUUGAACAUCUGGCCCCUGAACAUCAAACUAUCAGCAAAUACACUCUUCUGGAAACUACUUCGCCUUGACUAUAGAACCUCGUUUUCGUGAUUGAUAACGUUGAGCUUUAUUUAUCUUGCUAAUGAUAACGUAUACUUAUAUACUUUAUAUGAAGUACACUUUGACAUUAUUAUCAUAACUGUAUGGUUUCGGUAACAAGAUAGGAUAAAGGGCCCUAAAGCAAAGGUUUCAGUCAUGAAAACCAGGCUGUAUAUCCAAUGAUUUGUACUUUCGGGAAUGGUGUAUUGUCUGGGAUGUUUUUCCAGGACCAUUGCCAGUAUAUAGAUGGUGUUAUUAGAGACCUUACGAUUUUAGGACGGCAACGCGACGGCAACGGCCACUGAUACAAUAGAUCAUUGAAAAGAAUUGAGUAAUUACAAUAUAUGAAUAAUUUAGACAUUGUUCUCGCUCUGUUUACAACGCCAAAUCACAGAUUUUCACGUCUUGAUACAACGGCUGCAUUCCAAGCCGCAACAAGUUCAACUUCAAACUGGGUUUAGCAGAACUCUUCCCAGCCAUAAAACCCAUGUCUUCAACUUCUAAAACUGUAUUAAAUUCAUACGAUUGAUAAUAUACGACGAACUAUCUUUACUACCAUUUAUUUGAAGGAGUUUGUUUUGGUCGUUGCCUUCCUAAAAUCGUAAGGUCUCUAGAGAUUCUAGCUAGUUCGUCAACAUGUAUUUAGCUUGUCUAAGACGAAUGGUCCGUCAGACGGAUAAUGUAUAUCGAUCCGUCUCUCUAGAAUAAUAUUUUGUAUGCACAUUUAUUUAUGUCGUUCUAGUAAGUAGUACAUGAGUAGUUUAUCAAUUUAGUGUCUAUACAAGUCUAUACAUCUUAUUAGAUUGUGGCGAGACUCUUUCUUGGGGAGCUGGAUCGAAAGGUCAACUUGGUCAAGGUCAUCUGCGAGAUAGAUUCACACCAUUACGGGUAGAGGCAUUACAACAACAGAAUGUUGUACAAAUAUCGUGCAAUGAAUAUCAUUCUGCUGCCGUAACAGGUAAAGUAACACUGAGUUGGGGCCCAGUGUAGGUUGUAUUAUGCAAUAUAAAAUACCCUUGGUUCGUGAAUUAUACCUAAAAUCUAGCAAAACCUCCUGUGGUCACGAGGUCAGAUCCAGUAGCAUCGUCAAGUAGAUCCAUCACUCCAAACGUCGAAGUAUUUUUAAUCUGUUCAGAUGGUUCAAAUUAACACGAACUACAUGUACGGCAGCUUUAAUAUCGAAUCCCAUCCAAUACACCUUUUCGAUCGAUAAUUACGUCAUGAAUACGUUUUUGGCCUGGGAUCCUCGUUUUCAUGAAUCGUGAGCCAAUCGCAUCCCGUCUUGAUUCAUGAAAACGAGGUUCCCACUUCCCAGGCCAAAAACGUAUUCGUGACGUAAUUAUCGAAAAGGUGUAUUGAAUGGGAUUCGAUAUUAAAGCUGCCGUACAUGUAGUUCGUGUUAAUUAUCGUAUUCUGGUCCGACCCGAUUCACAUCGAUUAAAGAGUUAAUGCUGAAUAAGGAUCUUUGUUCAUUAUUAUUUUGUGUCUAUAUAUAGAUGAAGGCAAACUAUACACGUGGGGGUAUGGUAGUAUCAAACUUGGGUAUGAAACAGCGAAUGAAAAACAACUCACUCCCAAAGUUGUUCAAAGUCUUACGUCAUACACUGUUGUUCAUGCGUCUUGUGGGAAAGAUUUUACUCUCGGUAAGCGCUUUAUUAACGUUUAAAACAGAAGAAAAAAGUUAGCAAACAACGGUGACUCUGAAAAUGAAUAUUUUUAUUAUUAGCCAAUUAAGCUGUGAUGCGCCCUACUUUAUUAUUUUACUCUGUCUAGCGCCAGAGUCUUGUGCUUUAAUGGGUUAAUAAGUUCGGAGUUGUCACUAUUUAGUCUUGUAUAAACAAAUAUACUGCGCGCAUGCUAUUUUGUCGACAGAAAAUACACGCACACGACACCAAAGGUUUUGUUAGGCUAUCGUUUCAGUCAAAUUACUCCAAAAAUAUGUGCAGUGGCGAUUCUAAAUUAAUAUAAAUCGUCAUCGCACAUACUUUUGUACUAUGGUAUUAUUUUUCCUUAUAUAGCGUGCACGAGUGAUGGUCAAUUAUUUGCUUUCGGCAACAAUGAAUUUUAUCAACUUGGUCUUGGUGAUAAUGUACCUCGUCGUGAUCCAACUUUGGUUGAGUUUGAAAAUCUUGAAGAUGAACAUGUUGUACAAGUUGAUUGUGGAGAUUACCACACUGCCGCCAUAUCUGGUGAGACAUAACUGUGUAUGUGAUUAUGGUAGGGUAAGUUAUGAUAGGGUAGGUAGGUACGUUUGUAGGUUGUGGUUGGCUGGUUAAUUGAUUGGUUGGUCGGUUGGUAGGUAAAUAGGUAUGCAUGCAGGUACUGUAGAUAGGUAGAUAGGUAAGGACGGGUAGAUUGGUAGGUAGAUACAUGUAGGCCGAGGUAGAUAGCCACAAUCAUGGACAAAACCAUCUGCGACACUUUAUUAAAACAUUUCUUUUACUAUUAGAACGAAAUAAUUUACUCGUUUGCCCCUUCGCUAAAAAAAAUGUUGGACGUUUUAACCGUAUUCUGCGAUUGCAUUCGAAUGCAAUCAACAUUGAAUGGUGGGGAUAAGGGAGAGUGUUUUCUAAAUUUGCGAUAAUAUUACGAAAUUUUGUCAAAUAAUUGGAAGUGUCGCAGAUGUUUUGUCCAGGAUUGUAGGUAGGGAUUGUAUAGGUAGGGAUCAUAGGUAGGUAUAGAGAAGUGAGCAUGCAUGCAGCCAGUUGGAUAUGUACAGCAGGUACUGUACUGAGGUGUAGGUAGGUAGGAAAGUAGGUAGGCAGGUAGGUAGGUAGGUAGGUAGGUAGAUAGACAGGUAGGUAGGUAGUAUAGGUAGGUAGCAUGUAGACAGGUAGGGAGAUAGGUACAGGUAGGUAGGUAGGUAUAUAGGAGGUACGGUAGGUAGUAUAGGUAGGUAGAUAGACAGGUAGGUAGGUAGUAUAGGUAGGUAGCAUCUAGACAGGUAGGUAGGUAGGUACAGGUAGGUAGAUAUAUAGGAGGUACAGUAGGUAGUAUAGGUAGGUAGCAGGUAGACAGGUAGGUAGGUAGGUACAGGUAGGUAGGUAGGUAUAUAGGAGGUACAGUAGGUAGUAUAGGUAGGUAGCAAGUAGACAGGUAGGUAGGUAGUAUAGGUACAAUAGGUAGCAGGUAGACAGAAAGGUAUGUAGGUAGGUAGGUAAGCAUAUAGGUACAGUACAGGUAGUAGGUAGACAGAUAGGUAGGUAAAAGGUAAGGUAGGAAGGUAGGUACAGUAGAUAGGAGGGUAGGUAGGUACAAUUGUACAAAUUAAAUUACUAAUCAUGGAAUUGUUCGUAAUUUCAAAAUUUGUUCUGUGUAAAUAUUUAGAUCAAUUAUUUUACAUUUCAGAUGGUGGUAAUGUAUGGAUGUGGGGAACAAACGAAUUUGGCCAACUCGGUACAGAAGAUAAUUUUACGAUGAUCAGCAAACCUUGUAAACUUCAAAUUUCAGAAGAUGACAGGUGAUUUAGACAUUUAGUGUUGCUUCAUAUGUUUAAAAUAAUAUAGAACUGCAUCAAGUACUGGUAUCUAUUAACCUCAAGCGCUCUAUACCGUGUCCUGUAUUGAAACCAUUGGCAUCUGUAUAAUGGCACCUGAUCGAGUAUAUCACUAUAAAGAUUUGUGCAGAAGUAUAGUUUUGUAAUUAUCCCAGUUUAGCGUGGUAGGUUGUUGCAAGUGCAUGUUUAAAAAUAUAUUGUCAAUAAAGUUUUGUGAAUGUUAGGUUACCUAAUAUUAUAUGUUUAUCGGAACUUAUUAUUAGCAUGACAAAAUUACUGGAUGCUGAUUGGUUGAGAGGAGUACAAUUAUUUCAUUAAUUGUACUGCAGUACAAUUAAUGAUUUUUCCAAAACAAACAAAAUGGCGGAAAGGUAUUUUAAACACAAAUGUGAAAUGAAAUUGCCCUAGAGGAACUAGAUGAAAAUACGAACAAAAGCACCAAAUUUUGCUUGAACAAAAGAACUAAAUGAAAAUACAAACAAAAGCACCCAAGUUUUGGUUGAAAGUCUGGCAGGACUCGGCUUUGGCGAGAGAAUAUGAUGUUGACAUUGAGAAGUACGUAUCCAAUUUUGUCAUGCUAAUAAUAAACAAGUAAUCAUGCGAUGUUGCUCGUACAAUUAUGGUUAAUAGUACUCGUGAUGUUUGGAAAUUUGCCAAAUUGGAUUCGCCCCGGCGGCUCGUCCAAUUUUGGCAAAAUUUCCAAACAUCACUCGUACUAUUAAUCCCUAAUUGUACUCGCCAUCGCAUGAUUACCUGUACUUAUUGAUGAAACUUAUUUAUGGGAAAUAUAAAUUACAAGAUAUUACAAAUUAUAGCUCAAUAAUUUAAUAGAGUCACUUCACACAGUGUAUCAGUGUUACACGGCGCAUAUGGCUCUAAUGAAUGGCAGAGUGAGUCAGAGGCCGCGGAAGCAUUUCAAAAGUGGAGGGGCAUUGACCAAAAGGGGCAUUUUUGUAUAUGACCAAAAUCAAACGAUUUUAUGACGUUCACGAGCCGAACGAAAAUUUUUGAAAAUAUAGAGUCUCUUUAACGUUGGAAAUGACCUUUACAGAGUCUUUACUACAGCGAAAAGGGCAUUUUCUUUCCAGAAAAAGAGGGCGUUUAUUCAAGAAAUACUUUUUUCGUUCUUUAAAUGGGGCAUUUAAGCCCAGAAAAAAGGGCACUUUUUUCACUUUUAAAAAAGUGGUAGGGUACAUGCCCCCAUUGCCCCUCCCCCCCGGUUCCGCGGCCCCUGGAGUGGGUGUAACUAGACGUUUUGUAAAAGCUUGUGAAAUCCAUUAUUUUUUAGUUCGACUGCUCUGAUAACAAAUGUUAAUUGUGGUAGUCGACAUACAGCUCUUGUCACUUGUAAGUUUUCCAUCUUUGUUUUUUUUCUUCUUAUAAUGUACCAAAGUUUAAUCACAAUCACAUUGAAAUUCGAACUGACUAUCGUUUCCUUACUUUUCAAUAAACUUUAGUCAAUGGUUCUGUGUACUGUUUUGGAGACAACACAUAUAACCAGCUGGGAAAGAAAAACACAGUAGAUGGUCCAGCAAAAUGUAAUAGACCUGAAAGGAUAAAGUUUCCAUCUGGUGUAAAAAUCAAGACAGUAUCUUGUGGGGCUUAUCACACUGCUGCUGUGUCAGGUAUAUGUUAAUGUAACUUUUAUUGGCAGUAUUUUAUAAAUUUCAAGCCUGUUCUCCAGUCCUGGCCGAACAAAGCUUCUUGUAGAGACUGGAAUACGUCGAGUGUUUACAUUUGCAUGAUUUACAGUAUAAAGUACUGUAUUUCCAUGAAAACGUACGUACAAGAUUAAGAAAAAAUAUAUAAUUUUGUAGUUUUAUACCAGUUUUUCGCUAUUUUCCAUAGAUCGACCUAAUUUUAGUGGUUGAUUUCAGAACCACGCAAUAGAAUUUCUGAAUGUGUAUUUUUUCUCGACAGAAAAGGGUGAGAUAUUUACCUGGGGUAAUGGUUCUGAUGGUAAGCUUGGACACGGUGAUGAUUCCUCAAGGUAAAAAAAAUGUUCACCUGUGGGAUUACAGGAUGAAAAAUAUGGAAAAUAUUGAUCGUGUAAUCCCACUACAUUGAAACGCAACUUUCAAGAUUAUAUGAAAGAAAAUGUUCAGAGGUAGAGAAGUUCAGGUAGCGCGAUCCAGACCGGGAAACGUGCCAAUAAUCUGUUCCUGGGUUCCUGAAGUUGCUUUUUUAAAAUGUUCCACAACAGUGCGUGAAUAAUAGAGACUUUAAGAUUGACGUUAAACGGCAAACUUCAAAUCGUAUUUUCAGAACAACUGUUAGCUGUUCGAAGUUAGGACAAUUUGUGCAUUAAAAUUGAAGCAUGAAAUACUGCAUGUAGCUACUUAGCUGUCCAAAACGUGUAGAACUUAUCUUCAAAUUUGGUGCAUAGAUGCUACAAUCCUACAAGAGUAUAUUUAGUCUUUACACAAAACAUUUACAAUUUUGCAUAUAUGGCAGCCAUGGAACGAAUAAAAACAAAGAAGGCAUUGAACCUUCUGCCAUUCCAAUGCAGGUUAUUUCAUGACAUGUCUACUUCUUUAAAUAACCUAGGUUCCAACCAACGCAGAUAUCAGAAUGCUUUGAUGGAAAACGGGUGAUGUCAGUGUCGUGUGGUUCUGCUCAUACUGCAUGUACAGCGGCAAUUCGUCCAAGAGGAAGUUUGGUUAGGAAAUGUAUGGGUUGUCAGAAGAAAUUCUCAAUAAUACAGGUACACAUUAUAUAGUGAAAGGCUUGAGUGAUUUUUCGCAUGAAAUAACUUGCGAGUAUUUGUGGUUUGCAAUCAGUCCCUUGAGAUUUAUAAGACAAAGACAUGUCGGCCAUGUUGGAGGAAAGCACACUCCAAAUACAAGAGCUGCUAAUGAUAUUCUUUGGUUAGCGUUCCUCCAUGACGCUAGUAGUAUACAGAAGAGAGGUUCUGGACCCAGUAGAGCUCCACCGCUGACGUCAACAGUAUCAGAUUUCAUGUUAUUUUAAUGGGGUUUUUUAUUGUUUAGCAACUUUGAUUAGGGGUGCGCGGAAAGCGUGACUCACGGUGUGACUAACGCGUGACUCACCCAUUAAUGAAACAUGAUAAUAUGGGCAAAUUAGCUGUUGCUAUAUAACAAAACCGCGUCGGAUGACAUAAACACACAGAUAUCUAUUAUUUAGAGUAUUUUAUUUAUUUUUAAACGUAUACACAGAUUCAGUAAAAUUUAUUUCAAGGUAAUAUCGUAAAAAUAAUUUUAAUCUUUGCUUGGGCUCGUCUGCAUGUGGGAUUUCUCUCUCCCCUAGAUCGCCUUCUUCAUGACUAUACAUGUAACUAUGAAUAUGACUAUAUGCGUAACUAUAACUACAUAUUGUUAUGGCUAUGACUACAUGACUAUACGACUACAUAUGACUAUGACUAUAUGACUGUAUGAAUAUUAUUGCCAUGAUUAUAUGACUAUACGACUAUAUGAUUAUAUGAUUAUUAUGGCUAUGACUAUAUACCCCAAUGGGGUUUUAGGGUACACCAAUGGGGGGCGGGUAGACGAUGACUAUAAUCUAUAUGACUACAGGAAUAUGACUACAUGACUAUGACUACGACUAUUUGACUACGACUAUAUGACUACAUGACUAUGAUAAAACGACUAUAUGACUAUAUGAUUAUGACUGUAUGAUUAUGAUUGUAUGAUUAUGCCUAUAGUCAUAGACACCUCCUCUCCUCCUCCCCAUUUUCUUCUCCGUCUCGUCUUCUCCUCCUUUUCUCCUCCUUCUCUCCUCCUCCUUUUCUCCUCCUCCUUCUCUCUUCCUUCUCUCCUCCUCCUCCUUCUCUCCUCCUUCUCUCUUCCUUCUCUCCUCCUCCUUCUCUCCUUUUCUCCUCCUCCUUCUCUCCUCCUCCUUCUCUCCUCCUCCUUCUCUCUUCCUUCUCUCCUCCUCCUUCUCUCCUCCUCCUUCUCUCCUCCUUCUCUCCUCCUUUUCUCCUCCUCCUCCUUCUCUGCUCCUCCUUCUCUCCUCCUCCUUCUCUCCUCCUCCCCCCUCUCCUCCUCCUAUUCUCCUCCUCUUCUCAUCCACUUCCUCUUCACCCCCGUAACACUCUAUUGGACGUUCUCCGAGCACCCCCAAUGGGGCGCUUGGGUGUAUUGGUAUGUUUGGGGAUACCCAAUGGGGUGGUGAGGAUGAGAAGGGGGAGAAGAGGAGAAAAAGACGAGGAAAGAGGGAGGCGGAGAAGAGGAGGUGUAGAAGAGGAGGAGAAAAAGGGGAGAGAAUAAGGAGAAAAGGGGGAGGAGAAGAGGAAGAGGUGACUAUGACUAUAGUCAUAAUCAUGCACUUAUAAUUAUACAGUCAUAAUCGUAUAGUCAGUCAUAUAAUCACAGUCAUGUAGUUAUAUAGUCAUAGUCACGUAGUCAUAUUCAUAUAGUCAUAUAGUCAUAGUCUUAUAUUGACCCAGAUACCUCCUUGGGGUACCCCCAAACACCCCAUUGGUGUACCCUCAAAUGCCCCAUUGGGGUGGCCGCAAACACCCCCAAUUGAUCAGGUACCCCCAUUAUUUUCACGAUAUUACCUUGAAACAAAUCCUACUAAAUUUGUGUAACGAAAUAAAAUGCUCGAAAUAACAGAUGUCUGUGUGUUUAUGUCAUCCGACGAGGUUUCGCUAUAUAGCAACAGCUAAUUUGCCCAUAUUGUCAUAUUUCAUUCCGUUUGUAAUGGGUGAGUCACACCGUGAGUCACGCUGGUUAGGGUUGGCCAAUCAGCGCGCGGCCUCCAUAAGCAAAGCGCAAGUCACGCGUUAGUCAUACCGUGAUCAAAGUUGCUUUACAAUAAAAAAACCCCCAUAAAAAUGCCUAGAGAAGGGAUGCGUUCAGGUCAUAGAGUAUAAACUACAAAACACAUGAAUGAAAGACGUGUAUCAUGCAGUCUGCCACUUUCAGGAUUAGCCUUUCUUAAGCCAUGUGACCAGACCUUGUCCGCCAUGAUUGGUUGGCAAACUGGGUGAAGUAAAUAAUAAGUACGUAAUAAUAAUAAUAAUAAUAAUAAGUAAUAAUAAUAAUAAUAAGUAAGUAAUAAUAGUAAGUAAUAGUGUUUAGUACACGAUAGUGCUGUGUUUUCACUUCACUAAAUUCACUCCAUUGCUUGUUAUACCAAUCGACCGCCAAUGGUUACCGUCCACUGUCCCGUGCGGUUUGCCACCCAGAAAUGGCGGGCAAGGCGUGGUCGCAAGGGUUAGAAGGCCCUAUACAAAGUUUGACAAUUUUAUAAAAUAUUUAUGUUAUUGUUUCAUGUGGUGCGCGACAGCAUAUGCAACAUCAAUGACCUUCAUUGCCUUCACGUUCACGUAAAUGAUUAGGAGACUGGACAUGUUUGCGCAAGUGUUCCGUUGAAUAUUCCAGACUUUUAUAUUUUUUGUAUUUAUUCAAUUUAGGCUCGAUGUCAUUGUCAUCGUUGUAAUGGGACAUUUUGUUCAUCAUGUGCACCCAAACGACCACGUCGUCUUUGUGACAAGUGUUUUAAAAUUGUGCAGGAAGAAGAAUCUUAG